UACUCCACAGUUCGGUUGCCAGAUUCAAAAGGAAUAAGGAAGGAAAAAAAAAAAAGAAAAAAGAAAAGAAAAGAAAAGAAAAACUAAUACAACAAAACAGCAAAAGGGUUCUUGAGAUAUUUACUCAAACGCUCCAUCAUUCCAUUUAAUUUCUUCUGAGAUUUUGGAAAAUUUGAGCGAAAUCUUUAGGUAAGAGACUACAAUGGAGGAAGAGAAGAAGCCACUGAGGGCGGCGACGGAGCCUCCUAACAAGCAAGUUCAAGAGAUUGAAGAAGAAAGCAGAGCAAAUGAAGAACCAUCUUCAAAAAGUAGCGUAGGAGGAGGAGGAGGCUGGGGAGGUUGGGGAUUCUCUGCGUUUUCUGUUCUCUCAGAUCUCCAGAAAGCCGCCGAAGAGAUCUCUCGAAAUGCUGCUGCUGCUGCUCAGACAGCUGCUAAAAGCAUUGUAGACUUGAACAAUGAAGAUGAACAUGUGGAGCCUUCCAAGGAGAAAGAAGUAGAAGAUUCUGCAGCUGAAAGUGAAAGUGAAGACGAGAAUGAUAAGCUCCGAAAAUCUGCCUUGGAUAAAUUAGAGAAGGCCAGCGAGGAUUCAGUUUUUGGCCAGGGCUUAAAGGUUCUGGAUACUUCUGUGGAGAAUAUAGCUUCAGGAGCAUGGAAAGCCCUGGGAAGUGCAUUGAGAGGGGGCAGUGAUUUCGUUCACAAGCUUGAGAAUUCAGCUGCAAAUAUUGCAGAAACCAUUCAACAUCAAGGAAUACCAGCAGCAGCUGGUUCUGUUGCACCAUCAUUGUUGGAGAGAGGGAAGGCUCUCACGACAAAGGGAAUGGAAGUUCUUGAGCUCGUUGGGAGGGAAACCAUGGAUUUACUGAUUACAGAGACUGGCAUUGAAAUUGAGAAGGCCUCUAAUGAGAGCGAACCACAUGCCGAGGAGGAUCAUUUAGAAGAUGAUGAAGUGACAUUUGAUCGAUGCUUUUAUAUAUAUGGAGGUCCAGAACAGUUAGAGGAGUUGGAGGCCCUGUCCAACCACUAUACUUUAUUAUAUAACCGAAGGAAAGGAAAAUUAUCUCAGGACCAGAAAUCUGUAUAUGAUGGAAAGCUUAAACAGGUCCAACAAAUUUUCAGUUUGAGUAAUGAAAUUGAAGGCAGCAGUUUAAAAUCAGGAAAAGGUAAAAAUUUAGUAGUUGGGGAAGAGGGAAAUGAUGAGAUGAAGAGUUUAUAUGAUUCUAGUGUCAGCAAGGCUGCUGAAAUGGCCGCAGGGUAUGGAAGUUCCAUAGUCGAACUUGCUGUUCCUGAAAUAAUGCAAAAGACUGUCGACAGAUUAGAAUCACUUCAUUCGGAAGGCAUCCACAGACUCUCAGAAAUGUGUUAUUUUGCGGUGUCUCAAUUGCUGGUGCUAGGAAAAUCCAUAAUAACAAAUGCUAACAAAGUUGAGGAUGAUGAGGAUGAUGUAAAAAUCCAAUGGCCCGAAGAUUCUGUUGAAAAAGCAGAAAUCAUUAGAUUAAAGGCUCUAUCCAUGGCAGGAUAUGUAGAUGCACUAUCCAAAAGCUUCAUUACAGGCCUUUCUGACGUGUCAAAAUCGUAUCAAGCUGCCAUGAGCACUGCCCCUGCCGAGUUUCACAAAAGUACUCAAACAUCAGUACAAGACAAGGCCAACGCCUUCUCCGAGCAUCUUCGCGCCGAUCAAACCACAGCUUUCUGCAAAAUCCAGGACGGGCUUCAAUACUUGUCUUAUCUUGUUCUCUCAACCUCAAUGCCAUCUGCUUGAAGAAUCGUAGACCCCAAACAUUUUCGUGAGCAUUCCCUAGUUACUGUAAAUAGUUGCAAUGCAGAUUGAGUUUGAUCCCUACCCGCUUACCGUAAACUUUGUGCAGCGGCAUCGACAUUGAAACUCAUAAAUUUGGAGCAAAGGUUUUUCUAUUUGAUCCAAGUUUCUACUGGUAUGUUUCAAUUUUUUAGUGGAACAACCACUGUCAAGACUUUUGUGGAAGAUUGGCAGGGAAGAGAAAACAACAAUUGCUCUUGCCGCCUGCCUCUUUUUUUUCUUUUUCCCAUUUUUUUCUCAACAAUAUCGGGAGAAAAAGUCAAAUCAUAUCAAAACUCAGAGGUUAUAGUACAAACACUAUUAUAAUUGUGCUAUGCUCA